AUGCCUGCUGCCGCUUCUACCCGCAAGUCGACGCCUACGCGCAAGUCGACUCCCCGACGCGCUCGCUCCUCGUCGGUAGCCUCCAACGCUUCCACAGCCGCGCCCGCUUCGCCUUCCGCAUCGCCUCGCAAGACCAAAAAGGAAAAGGAGGCUGCCACUGCCGCUGUCGCCGCUGCCAAGCAAACCAAGGAGGCCAAAUCCGAUCUCGCUCGUCCCAAGCUUCCCACCAAGAAAAACCCCAGACUCAAAGAGGUCGACGAGGCCGUCGUCAAGCUCCAGAUCAUCAAGCGCGAAGGUCACAACAUUAUCAUUGGCCGUGUCAAGCUCCCCACCGUCAACGGUCAGGAUCACGCUUUUCUGCUCAAGCGCUUCGACACCAACGCCAUGGCUGCCUCGUCCAUGUUCCGUCUCGCCUUUCCCUUUGCCGACGGAACCGCCGAGGCCGCCGAGAUGCAGUUCCUCGAUUCCAAGUACGACACCAACCGCGCCAACGGUGGCUACAUCCUCGAGGAGGUCAAGGCUCCCGAGACGCCCAAGAAGCGCGGUCGUCCUCGCAAGACUGCUGAGACACCCAAGAAGGACGGCGCCACCGACACCGAGUCCGUCAGCGGUGAAAAGCAGAUUCGUGUCCUUCCCGAAGGCAGCACUGGUGUUCGUCUCCAGGGCACCUGGAUCCCUGCCGAGAACGCUGUCGAGGUAGCCGAAGACUAUGGUAUUGCCAAGUACGCCCUCGCGCUCAUUCACGCCACUGCUGAGCACUCGGAUGACGGCAGUGCUCCCAUCCUCACCUCGGCUCCCGUCGCUGAAAUCAAGACUCCCCGCAAGCGCCAGCGAGUUUCCGCUGCUGCUGCGGCUGCUUCCGACGCUGAGGCCUCGCCCAAGCUCGUCCAGAAGGUGACCCGCUCUGAAAAUGCCGACGGCACCAUCUCGCAGGUCAACGUAGAGUCUACCAUGGAGGCGCACUCUUCCUCCAACGGCAUCCCUGCUGCUCUUUCGCAGGCCGAGAUCGAGGCACAGAUCGCCGAAGCCAAGGCGCUCGCUGCUGGUAUCCAGAAAUCCGCCUCUGCGGGCGGUAAGAGCCCCUCGAGCGGCGGUCAGAAGCGCCGUGCCGUCAACGACCGCCCCACCGCCGAGAUCGACCCGCUGGCCGAUAACGAGGACUACGCCGAGUCUGGUCGCGUCGUGCGUGCCUUCCGACGAAGCACGCGUGCUGCUCGCAAGCGUCCUAUUGCUACUACGGCCGGUGUUGUUGCUGCUGCGGGCGCUGUCGGUGCCGGUGCGCUUGCUUGGAUCUCGGGAGGCAACCCGGACGUGGCGAUUCAGACGCUCCAGACCAGCUUGCAGAGCAUUGGAUUGCAGAACUUGCAGAAUCUGGGUCUGCAGAACCUUCAGCAAUUUGGAGGACAGCUUGGUGGCCAGCUUGCUUCGUACUUGCCGUGGUAA